CACCGUGAGGUUUUUAUUUUGAAAGGGUGGGAGUGGGCAAGCUCGACUCAAGCAUCUCUUCUUACCUUUCCACUUUUCAAGGCAACGAACAGGAAUUUACCUGUAACCCGCCUGAACGGACCAAGCAAAGAAGCAAAAGCCGACACACAACCACACCCCCAAGCCCCCCCUACAGCCCUGUGCGCGUGAAACACCUAUGUCUUUUUGCGAGCGCCAGCACUGACAUCUUUGACGGGACCAUGCACACACAGUUAUCGCUGCCUCUUCCCUGGCGGACGAACGCACGGCGGCUCCAUUGAUUCCGUUGCCCGUCUCACUUCUGGCGUUGGCCGGGGCCGCGGCAAUGUUCCGAGGGCCACCAGCCACUGAGCGACGGCCGUCAAGCUUUUUCAGUAUAUCUUCUUGAAAAAAAAAAACGGAAAAAAAGUUUGCGACCAGAAGCUGUCGCAAGGAGGAGGAGGAGAGAGAAAGAAGAGGAGAACGCGAGAGUCUUUGCCUUCAGUGCCAGGUGGCCGGCUGGUUCCGGCUGGCUAGCCGGAUGCAUGGAGACGUCUCCGCUGCGCUUCUGGGAUUUGAACUUUGGUCGGCAGGAUUCGCCGUUCGAACUUCUAAAGGGUUGGGCUUGUGUCCUGCACAGGAUUCUUGUUUUCAGAGAACUUGUAAGUGACCGCUUGAAAAAAGCGACUCUGAUAUCAGUAGCUGGACCAUCGCUUGGCCAAGACGGGACGUGUCGGGUGAGAGUACCCGAUUUGACGCCGGGUAUUGAUCUGUGGAUGACGUACCCUUAUUGACUUACUGUGCUGAAGUGUGAAAAUCUGCUGGAACUGUAGGUACCUUAAAAAAAUUAAGACCAAGGAGAUCUUUAACUCCGGUGAUGUAUUUCUUUUGUAACCUACAACUUUGUCUGCUGCUGUCGCUACUUCUGCUGAAAAAGUGCGAGAUGAUGACCACGUAGUUGUAAAAGAAAAGCCCACAGUUGGUGCGCGGCGUCAGCGCCAGGUGGAUUCUUCAUCACUGUCGGUCUUCGCCGUUGUCUGUGCAAUAGCGAGAAGCCGCCAGAAGCUUCAAAAUGACGCUUCGAGGAUACAAUCGUAUCUCCCUGUCGGAGAUGGAGGACUUUGACGAUCUGUCGCUUGCGGAGCGAGGAAUCCUUAAAGAGGACAGUCAGCACAGAAAUCGGAUAGAAGAGUUGCAUACAAUCUCCUGGGGCCUGGACUAUGCCACGGCUGACAAGAGGGCCUCCACCAUGCCGUCACAGGGGUCACUUUUUACAAACUUCGAAGAUAUUCAGCUGACUGACGAAGAGCGGGUCUUCCUGAACGCAGCCUACCUGGGCGAUGUGGGCAUCGUGCGACAGUCACUGGAAGAGAGCGCAGAGUCAAGCCUCAGUGUCAACUGCGUGGACUACAUGGGGCGCAACGCCCUGCACCUCGCCAUCGACUCGGAGAAGCUGGACAUCAUCGAGAUCCUCCUCGACAACCUCAGCUUCAACUGCAUCGAGGAGGCGCUGCUGCAUGCCAUCAGCAAGGGCGCCACCAAGAUCGUCAAGAUCAUCAUCGAACAUCCCAACUUCAUGGCCGGAGAGGACCGCCUGCGGCGCAUGGGCGGUGGCGAGGCCUUCUUCCGCACGGAAGAGAAGAGUCAGUUCCCGCCGGACAUUACGCCGCUCAUCCUGGCCGCCCACUACAACAACCACGAGAUCAUCCAGAUGUUCCUGUCCCGCAACCACACCAUCGAGAAGCCGCAUCCCAUCUCGUGCAAGUGCAGUGACUGCGUCACCAAGCAGAACUAUGACUCGUUGAAACGCUCGCGCUCCAGGCUCAACGCCUACCGGGCGCUGGCCAGUCCAGCCUACAUGGCGCUGUCCAGCCCGGACCCCAUCAUGACCACCUUUGAGCUGCGCCAGGAGAUGAUGAAGCUGGCCGAGGUCGAGAAGGAGUUCAAGAGCGAGUACCUGGGGAUGGUGGAGCAGUGCAUGAACUUCGCCUGCGAGCUGAUGGACCUCUGUCGGGGGACACAGGAAGUGGAGGCUGUUCUCAGUGAGAGCGGGGAGGCAGCUGAGCGAGACCCCCUGGCCAGGCUGAAAAUGGCCAUCCGCUAUGAAGAGAAAAAGUUUGUCGCUCAUCCUAACUGCCAGCAGCACAUGACCAGCAUCUGGUACGGGUCAGAGAUGGGGUUCCUGCAGUCGCUGAACGGACUGAUGCAGCUCAUCUAUCUUUUCCUCUUCAUCCCAGUUAUCCCCUUCCUCUGCGUCAGCUACGUUUUCGUGCCAAGUGUGGUGUUUGUGCAUGCGCAGAUCGGUGCCAUCAUGCGCUGCCCCGUCACCAAGUUCAUCACGCAUACGACGUCACACAUGUGCUUCCUGGUGCUACUGGCCGCCGCCACCUUCCGCAUCACCGAGAGUGACGUCACCCUGACGGACACCAGCGAGCUGCACGACGCGCGCUACGCUUCGCUGGAGAUCGAGGAGAAGGUGCAGAGCCUGCUGAAGGAGACGCUACGGCCGGCCAGCACACUCAUCACCCAUGUACAGAUCUGCAUCGUUUUCUGGAUACUCGGUUUGCUAUGGAUAGAGUGCAAGCAGAUUUAUAACUCAGGGGCACGCAGCUAUAUCACGGAUUACUACAACACCAUGGACUUCGGGGUGUUGUCCAUGUACCUGUCUUCCUACGUCCUCCGGUUUUUCACUGAAUACAAAGUGUCGGAGGCUGACAGAUUUUUUAACGGGACUUUUAUGGCUCGAAAGUAUCUGAUGCAAGAAAAUUACACUCUGUUUGAUCUUCACAUUGCGAGGAUAAAGGAGAGCAGAAACUCCCCGCACCAUUACUUCAUGGAAGCUUCCCGGUUUCAGUGGGAACCUUAUGACCCGGAAAUCGUGUCUGACGCGCUGUUCGCCAUCGCCAACGUCAUCAGCUUCGCGCGCACCACGUGGCUGAUGCCGGCCUUCGAGGUGCUGGGGCCGCUACAGAUCUCACUGGGCCGCAUGAUCGGCGACAUCACCCGCUUCAUGGUGCUCUUCACGCUGGUGCUGUUUGCUUUUAUGGUGGGUUUGCACAACCUGUACUGGUACUAUGGCUCUCAAAAAGUCAAAAUGGACCUCAAUGGAACGUUGGUCUCCGUCCAUGCAGCUAAAGCAUUUCAAGGCCUGCGGCAGACGUUCACCAGCCUGUUCUGGUCCAUGUUCGGCCAGGUCAGUAUCAGCGAAAUCGCCGUCAAACAUCCGCAACCGGACGGCAGCGUCAGCAGGCUUCCAGGCGGCGAACCAAUUCUGCAGACCGCCAAGUCCGGCCUCGGAAGCCAUGAAGUCCGCCACUGUCUGGCACUGGACUGCGAUCGCACCAAGAUCUACUGUACGGAGGGCGGGGCACCCGGGGAGGACGCCACCAACGCAGUCUACUCCGACGAGACCAACGCUCUGACUGAGAGCAGCACCUCUUUGGUGGAGACAGUGGGCAUGUAUCUGUUCGGCAUCUACCACGUUGUCAUCAUCAUCGUCCUCAUCAAUAUGCUCAUCGCCAUGAUGAGCCACUCCUUCGAGGAUAUCCAGACUGACUGUGAUGUGGAAUGGAAGUUCGCACGCACCAAGCUGUGGCUGAACUACAUGGACGAGGGCAGCACCCUGCCAGUACCCUUCAACAUGCUGCCCACACCCAAGUCCUUCUUCUACGGGUGGCAGUCGGCUAAAGAGCUCUUCUGCAAGGCUGACAACAUCCUGCACUACGGCAAAGGGCGAAAACAAACUUUUUUGAAGCAACGACGGGAGACAGUGUGUAAAACUCUGGAACUGAAGCCAGACGAAACAUCGUACACGGAUAUCAUGCAUCGUCUGGUCAAGCGCUAUCUCUUCAAGCUCGAACGAGCUAAGGACGAAAAGGAAAACGUGAAAGAUGGGCACGGCAACCUGAGGGGAGAGGAGGUGGAGAUCUGGGACCCCACAGCAGAGGGUGAGCCUCCACCGCCCCUACCCGACACGCCGUCGCGAAUACCGUACGCUACGCCCCCUAUCGCCGAGGAGGAGGAAGAGCCGCCUCCGGAGAGAAAACUUGGAACAAGAGGCUCAUUCAAGGGGAAGCGAAAAAAUACGUCCCGUCAACACCCGCGCCGGACGUCUGCGGGUAGCGUGCCCCUGGCCACCACGCUGGCCAUCCCUCAGCUGGACGCCAUCCAGAGGUCUCAGAAGCUGCUGGACGUGCGCCUGCAGCACCUGCAGGCCAACAGCAGAGAGAACAACCGCAUGAUGGAUGAUGUCGAGUUCAUCCGACGCCUGAUGACCGAGAACCAGAAGGCGCUGUGUAACGUGGUGCAGGCGCUGGCCAACAUCCAAGGCGAGAUCGUCAACCUGGCCCAGUGUCUACGGCCCACUCCUCGCACCCAGCCGCAGACUCAGACAGUGAAAACCUCCCAGACAGCCGCCAUCGCAACACCAGCCACCAGCCCCACCGCCGUCAUGCCCAACGCCGGCAUCAACCAGCAUCAACCGUCGAUCCACCAUCACUACCACCAGUCGCAACCUCCCGUUGCCAACGCCGUGUCUCCGGGUAAUCGCAGCAACGCCGUCGGUGGCCAAACACCCGCGGGCUCCUCUUCCUCGUCGUCGGCCAAGAAACGGGGAUCAGGACCAGACGAAGACGAGAGCAAAGUAUGACACAGUUCGCUGGGGUGUUAAUCGGGUACAUGACAGCAAAGAACGUUCUGGGCCUUGUGGUAGCAAACGUAAAAUGAAGAGAGAGAGAGAGAGAGAGGGUGAGAAACGCUUGACGAGUUCUGUUAAGCCCAGAACUGCAGGGACUUGGAAUACAGACAUGAUCAAGGUGAUGAAAGCAAAGAAACGCAGACAUGUCCAGACACACGGGUCAUUAAGUGCACAGCAAGGUUGAGGUAAUGAGUAAGUAUAUUUCAUGAACACCGACAUAUGUGAAACCUGAAAUCAAAUAUGGCGCUUUUGUGGUCUUUAUCAUUUCUUUCUGAGAAUGGGAACACGAGUAUUAAAGCUCCCUGCAUAUUUGGAAAUGGCGGGUUGGGGGUAAUAGAGUUGGCGGGAGCCAUUCUAACAUAAAAAUUAUAUAUUGCCAUUGAUGUGACAUUUUCUUCCCUGUGAUUGACAAAAGCGUUUGCUCUCAACGACUGAACGAAGACAAUCGCCAAGAAAUCUUCUAAAGCUGGUGGGCAAAGUGUCGUCUGGCGGUUAGCAGCAGACAAAGAGAAAGUUUUCAAAAAGAACAUUCAGAAUCUGUCCAGGUCUGUUCCUACUGUCCGGAUCAGGACGAAGGAGCAAUAUGCAAGAGAUUUUUUUUUUUGCUAAAUGAUUUCUUCUGACUGUCAAUGAUUCCCCAGCAUUUAUUACAAUCAUGUCGAGAGUAACGAUGCGAUAGGGAACUAUUGGGUGCAUCUGUUGCCACCUUAUUGUCUUCCUGGUUGAAGAUCUACGUUUUGUGUUGAGGCAACGGAAACAAAGACAAAUGAACUUUCUUAAAGAUUGGUUGUGGCGGGUCUUUAAUGGUGCAUUAACUACGCAGGUUUCAUUCUUCUUGGAAUUUGAGGGGUGGGUGGUUGUUGUUGUUUUCUAUCCAACUCAGGAUUCAUGGAUUCUGCAAAGGAUAGAAAGAAAGAGGAAAAAAGGUUUUUGGCAUCCUCUACGAAAUGCGCAAUCCUACGGCGGCAUUCGCCAAGUUCCUUUACCCACCUCAAGAAAAUUCGUCACCAUAUUACAAUAAAACUUUUACUACAAUGUACAAUGAAAUACUUGGACAUGCUUGUCACAGUCGUCUCCAGGCCUGGUGUUUCUGAGCUGAAAACCGGCACUGAAUUGUUACCUUUGAAGUGUAUAUAAUCAGUUUUCCAGUAAACUACGCUGUGGAAUACAUCUUUCGCUACAGAACAUCCGUUGAGACGUUAAUUAUGAUCAUCAUUUAAAAUAAUGAAAUCGCUGAAACUAUUGUUGUUAUUGCGCGAAACUUUAGACUUCAGCAAAAAUCUUCUCCGCUGCGAACGAACUGUCAAGGGAGGUAAAUCACGCUUGCACGAUAAGUUUCCGGUUUGUACAUUACUUCCCUUUGUCCUUCAAUACGCCUGAUAAACUGUCUGUACGCACACUUUUAUUAUGGUUCCACCGAGGCUGCUUGAUACGCAUCGCAAACUGGGUUUAGUUUCUGUGUCGUCUUAGUAAUGAAAAGUGAUAGGAAAGAAUAGAGAUGGUGGCUUUUAUUUUAAUAGAAUAUAUUUACACAAAAAUUUGCGAACAAUUAUGAAAAUAGUCAUUUAUUUUAGAAAUACCUUCGUGUUACUUGUGUAUAAUUGAUCAUAACUACAUAAGAACGGAAAGCGUGUAUAAAAAGUUUUUAGAAUCUCUUUUCGACUUUUGCAAGCAUUAGUUAUACAAAUGCACCAAAAUAUAUAUUUUUAAAUAGAAAAAAAAUGGAAUUAUGAAGAAGUAAGAGGGGUGUUUAGAAGCCAGUUCGCACCAUACUAAUUAUGCGUAAAAAUAUAGUAAUGUAAACUGUUCAGGUAUAACCAUACGUGAUUUUUUUUUCUUAUUCUGGCAGGUGUACGCACCUUAACCGAUGCCAAAAGCUGAAAUAUCCAAAUAAAGACAGUUUAUUAACGACUCCACACCCAACUCCUCUCUGUUCAAUCUGUUCAAUUCCACUCCCCUCUGUUCUGUGGAAUCGGAUACGAUACCUUUGUUUCAGGCAUCUUAACAUGACUAAGAACUUUUAGGUAAGUCCCCUUCCAUCGCUGGCACAUAGCAUGUUGUGGCAUGUUUUACGCAUGCUCAUUAUGGUGCAAACAAGAUGUGCUUCGGUAGAAAAAGAAAGGGGCAGUUUUCACAAUCCUAAAUUUUCUGUAUUUGCCUAAAUAAAUGUUGUCAAGCAAGUAUUAAAUCAACACUAACCCUUUUUAAAGAAGAAAAGAUCGAUAAAUGUCGUAGCCUUCUUCUGUAGUCCUUAGUCUUCUUAGGAAUGAUACAUUUUAAAAAUCUCUUAAUCAGAUGUACGAAUAAUCAGAUCGUUUUCAACAGAGUAAAAUUGUUCAACUAUAGUUGGAGAUAAGCUUUUCUACCAAUUACUGUUUCCUUGAAUGGGAAGGGGAGUGAUUGUGAUAAAUCAAAGUAUAAAACGAAGAACUAUGAGUUGAGAUAUGCAAGCAUUCUAUUACUUUGUUUUUAAAAAAAGUGUACUGAGUAGAUGUUUGCAUGAGGAUGUUUGGAUACUGCCGUUGUCGUAUCUGAACACUGUCCAUACCGUUAUGUCACGUGGGGAGGGGUAAGGGGGCAGUGCUGGCACUGCCUUUCCCCAUGCAUACCAUGACGUCAGGGUUGUGUUUCAAGAGACACUCAAACGAAACGCGAUGGUGCGUAUGAAUACAGCCUUUCUUGCUAUUUAUUAAUCAAGCCUAUACAGCGGACAGCUGUUAAAAAAACAUCUUUUUCUUUUCAUUGCUGUCAUUUCCAUCUUCCAUCACGUUCUUCAGACUCGAUUCGUUUUUAUCCCAGCGAGAGUCUCCUGUCGUGUUCCUGCCUCCUUAGAAAUAUUGUUUUAGUGUGAGUUCCUUUGUGCGCCAUUUCCUCCCUGUCUGAGAAAUAUUAUUGCAGUCUGUGUCUUGCUGCAUUCUUACUCGGCUUCUAUCCUUGUUGCAGAGCUGUCUUUGCAGGAUAUCUACAUCCAAGAUGUUUCAUCAACGUCUUGUCUGUGUCCUGCUGCCAUUUUUGUUUUACGCAUUUUUGUCAUGUUCUGCUUUGCUGCUGUUCUUGCAGUCCUAUAUAGUUCGUUUUCCGCUCUUUCUCUCUAAAACUACCUUGUCUGAUAUCUUGGGUAUUCAUAUUGUUCAUUUGGUCGACUUUCACUUUUUUUCAAUGUUAAAUCCUCUGUCUUGGAAAUCCUCAUUCGCAUUAUCGUCAUAAGACAUUUUCGAUCACUUUGUUUUUUGCACCGACAAGGUGAUCAGAGAGAAAUGAUGGAGGCUGAAAGUGAUGAUGGUAAAGGAUGACCGAGGCUGCUGAGAAUCAAUAGUCUCUCGAUCUCUGACAUUGUCCGCGUUGUCCCUGUGGUCUUCUUUUGAACGAGGGACCUUCAUUGCACUCGUGUAGGGUUUUGCAGAGUGGACUGACACGCGUCAUUUCAGAAUAUUCUAAUCCAUCUUUCAUUUUCUUUUUAAUCCUUUAAAAACGAUCAUUAUUUUUCAUCCUGAAAAAAAAUGACGAUCGUUCUCCUGCAGCAACAAACUUGCUGAAUUCACCGCGCACAUAUUCUUUGAAAAUUUCCAAAUAAUUCCUAAUGGCCGCCUCAAGUAGACAGCCUUAUAAAGCUUGAAUCUUCCUCUAUGCAUAAAAAUGUUACAUUUAUAGCCCAUGACAUGUAAUGACAUCAACCAGGAAGCUAGAAAUCUGUUUAGAGUCGUUCAUUCUUAUUAUUACCAUUUUAUUCUGUAUUUCUCCCAAAGGGAGGAGUGACACUUUCCGAUUUUGUAAAUUGUGACUAUGCGCUGCCUUGCAUAUUAUAGUUUCUUUUUCUUUGUGCUGCAUUUUUGUUCCUUUAAGCACCAGACACAUCUCUGAGAACAGACGUCUCCUGACUCUGAAGAGAAGUAAUACUUCGUACUUCACACUUCACUUUUUUAUUUUUUUUUUAUUUUUUUUUAUUUAUUUAUUUUUUUGUUUUGUUUUGCUCUUCGUUCCCAACCUUGUUCCACAUAUCCUGGCCCCUAGAAUAAUAUUUAAAAAUUACAGUCAUUCGAUCAAUACUCUUGAACAAACUGUAGCUCGGGGUUAGGGUUUAGAAGCGCAACACGCGAGUAGGUGCUGGCAUUAGUGCUUGGAGAUGUGAUGUGCGUCUGGACUCAACAAUAAGGGGAGGACUUUCAGGUAAAACGUGUCCGACCCCUUUCAGCAGCUUCAGUUACCGCUAGAAACAAUAAAAAAAGAUGUUUUGUUCAUUCAUAUUCGUUCCACACUACUCUUCGUACAGUUUUCAGGCUUACCUGCAAUACUCCUUUCUCCAAGGCGUUGCCAUAAAGACGGUUUCCCUAACAACACCCAUAUGAUUGUGAGGGAUUUUUUUUUUUUUGGUGAGGAAGGGGAGGAUUGUCUCCUUUCCAAUUUAGAAGUUUGGAUAUGGUAAUGCGAUUCAAACUUUAUUCAAAAAUUCUUCAUUUAUUGAUCCGUAACAAACAAGUUUUAAAGAACCAAAAAAACUUUGACUCCAUCUGGUGUUCUCCGUUCGACAUGCUACCUACUCACCUUAAACGGGUUGCUGCUAAAGAAUUAGUUGCGCACACUGAUGCAUUUAUACAACCGCUGGCAUUUUUGUUGUUCUAGUAAUUGCUUGUGCUCUUGCUGCCAUUUAUUGUUUCUGCAGGCGGUGUAUGCUUUAAAGGUCAUCUUUGGCUUAGCAGUUUUCUUGACCUCAAGCGAAGUAGAGUAGCAAAGCCGGUUAUGGUAAUUUCGUUGCCAGCCCUGUAGGCGUGCUCUUGCUGUUGUAUGUCCAGUGUACCUCCUCUAGCAAUUCAAAUGAUGUCUGAUAUACCUCAACAUUCACUGAUAAUUCCUCUGCACCCACUUGUGAUUUGCGAUCCUGUACAGCCAUGAUAUAUAUAUAAUACAAAACUGUGUUAAUAUCGUAUUUUGUUUUUGUCCUGUACAGCUUUGCAUUGUUAGACCAUGUCUAAAAGGUGUAGGUUAUUGAUUUCCUGUUGAUUUUUUUUCAGUAAGAACGUUUUUAAAUCACAUUUAAUUAAACUGCAUUUGGUGUAUCUUUUGUUACAAAAAGUACUUCUGGACGACCAGCGAAUGGUCUUUCCCAGAACAAACUUGUCAGUGCCAUGGUGCCGGUCUGCCACGAGUCGGCUUGCAAUCUGUAAAGCCAAACUUACAAACUGUCAUUGUAAAAAUAAAUAAAUAACAAUAAUAAACUCUUGCAACAGAUGCAACGUUAGGAACUACGGUCCUAAAUGCAACCAUUUUCAAUUGGUUAAAAUAUCAUGGUAACAAAUAUUGAAAAAAUACAUUUGUUAUAUGAAUGUUGCACGAAGGAUUGGAUUAUGAAAGCGAAAAUGGCCAGAUGAGUCGGUACCUGUGUGUAGUUAAAAGCUAUAGAUUGAGAGUAUACAGACUUGAAUGUAUUGCUAAAUCUUUUAGAAGUAAUUCAUAAUUUUGAAUUUUGGAGGGCGUCAAUAAAGAAUUUCAUGGUUUCAGAAAAGAUCUUUAUAGCACAACCAAAAAAAAAAAAAACAAUCAGUUUUUACUGAUCCUCAAGGUAACUAAAGAACUGUAAACCUGUCAUCCUCCGACUUUACACCAAAAACUAUCGAAAUUUUGGUUUUGGUUUUGGGUUUUGUUGUGCUGUGGAAAUUGACAAUAUUAAAAUAUUACUUAUGAACUUAAUCAUUUGGGUUUCGAAGUUGACAGAUCCUCGAACGGAUUUCUGACAUGAAUAUUUUAAAGUUGUGUAUGGCGCUUUCGUCAGCAUUUCCAGUUCCUAUGGUAAAUGUCUAAGAGUCAACGCUAAAAAAAAUUUUAAAUAAGGAAAAAAAAAUCUUGUUUUUAAAGCCCUUUGUAUGCGUUAGCUUUUACAAGUGCCCCUUCAGUUGGUAGAGAGCUGCUUGCAGCAGUUUGCGCCUAAUGCAGCUAUCUUAGCCUACAAAUAUAAUACAUUUUGUUUUUUUCCUUAGUACUAAGCUGUUAAUUUGACAGUUACAAAUCGUACUAUCACUUUUUUUAAGAGAUAGAAACGUGCAACAGCUCAGGUUUGAUAGAUUGGGGUUCUUUUUUCAUGUUUUCUUCGUGACAGCCGAAAGGCUAGGGUCAGCCACUGUAGUUGUAGUUUUGUAGUACCUGCCACAUAAGCCUGCGCUGACAGAUGAGAAAGUAUGAGAGGUUACGUGACAGAGGCAAUCUAGAAAAGUGUUAUUCUUGUAAUUAUCUGUGAUCCACUGAACAUGACGGAUGAUCCAGGUCAAUGUCUUUUCCUUUUGUGACACAUUUAGCUCUACUGAAAAAUAUCAAGCAGACUAAUAAAACUAUUAUUUUAAUUUUUCAUCUAUCUUGAUUAUACAGUCGAAUUUCAGUAAGAGUUUAAAUACUAUUAAUGUCACAUGCUCUCUCUUCUAAUAUAAUGUAAAAGAUGUGCAUGUGUGUGCGUGUGCGUACAAAUUUAUCUCGAAAAUGAGAAUGGGUUUGUGGGAGAACUGAAGAAAGGAAAUAUUUUUCUUCUGAAGAUCUCAUUUCACACAAUAUAAUUGACAAAAUGAGGCGGGCACAUCCUUGUAAGUGUUAAACAGAAAAGUUUGGCAGACAGGUAAGCAAAGCAGUUUUUCUUUAUGUGGUGGUGAGAGCGUGCAUGUUGAUGUAGGAAAUCCUUGUGUUUGUGCAUGUGCGUGCAUGCGAAUAUGUGUGCACGUGUGCGGUCGAGGGCUUGUCAAUAACUUUUAAUAUAAGACACACCAGAUACACCAAAAAAGUAACUGGUGAAUAUAAUGCUCACAAAAGGUGAAGGGGAAGGGUUGUGGAUGAACUACAUCCACUAAAUCUAUACACAGCCCCAAUCACAAUCACGCCUAUAUAUAUAAAACUAAAAUAUAUAUAUAUAAAACAAUUUCCAUAUCUUCAGUGUUAAGAAAAUCACUUUUACUAAAUGUUUAGUGCUGAUCUCAGGAAAAAGUAAUGUUUGCAUCAUCCGUAGGAUCUAGCAGCCCUAAAAUGCCUCAGACAGAUGUACAUUACACUAGACUUCCACCUUAAAUGUUAUCACAGCUUUUCCUACCAUGAAAAAAGUUGCCUACUUUGACUUCACUUCUUCCGUUUAGUAAGUCCAUGGGUGUUUUUUCUCUUUGCUUCCCUAAUCAUCUUUUCUACCCACACCAUCACUGUCUCCAUCUGCUAAUAUCCCCGUGCUUCCGAAUUCCUCAUUGUCAAUUAUUUUAUUUAGCAAUGACUUGACGAAGCCAGACCGGUGAUUUAAGAUGUGACAUCAACCAACAAACGAUGGGGCAGCCUACAAUCUAUAUGCAUGCAAAGGGAUGCAUGACUAGAUCAACACAUUAGACAUACUGAAAAAAUGAGCCCCUAGUGCCAACUCAAAGAUAUGGAUUCUUCAAAUCUGUUCCAAGUAGCUAUGCUUUUGGUACACGUAAGAUUAUAAUUAUCAACACCUCUCCUCAAGCUCAACAGAAAGAAAAAGUGACAUUUUAAAUUAUUUCAGUGUGUUGAACAAAAGGCUGAGCCUAUCACUUAGGCAGUAAGCAAACACCUUACCCAUUAAUAACAUUCAACAUUUUAUCAUCAGCUUACAGAAAAUGUCCGGAUACAGGUUACCAACUACAAUGGAACAAAGUGCCUAAAAAAGUAGUACUAACGUGCUCAUCAAAUACACAGGAAAACCAAACAGUCAUGCAAGUGAAAAUCAAAUCACUUGAUGUCCCUUUUCAUGAAUGAAUUUUUUUUUUUUUUUAUUAAUCAUACAGCCAGUGUCACACAAUAAAAUAAACAACUGUAUAAAAGAAGUUUGCUGACCGAGUUUGCUGAGGUGUAGCAAAUUUUAUCCUGCAGAAGGAAACCUGGUAAAUCAGAUCAGAAACUGUUUGGAACCAACAUGAUAAAAGAUAACAACGUGCAAAAUCUUGAACGUGCAUUCAGUACCAACUUUCAUCCUUGGAAUAGUGUCAGUAAAAAUCAACCCCUCAAAAUUGCAAAAUAAAACUAAAUAAGCCUAAAAACUUAUAAGCAAAUAAAAACAAGCACACUAGAAAUUUGCACAGACACUGCAUGGAUAUUUAAAAACUUUAAGCUUUCAAAUAAAUCCCCAUAUUAAACAAAACACAGCAAAAAAAUUCUGGUACUUAUCAUAUUACCUAGAGCAAUACAAUGAUUUUUUACUUUCUCAUUAUCACAAUAAGACCUAUAUCUUUGAAAAUUAAAAAAGCUGCUGCACAUAAUAAAGACAUGCCAAAAAUCUCGUGUGACUAAAAGAAAAUGUAAAUUUUCAAUCUUUUAUGUUUGCAUAAUUUUCAAAAUUCAUAAUUUGCUUUGUACAAAAUUUAGCCAAACAACUUACUUUUAAAAACAAUCUAAAAACUGAACAAUUUAUGCUCACCAUCAGCAGAAUACUAGUGACUUAAGAGGAAAGUUAAAAAGAA